UGUUCUUUUUAUAUAGUCAAAAAUAUGAAAAAAAAAAAAAAAAAAAAAAGAGAGAUGCUCCUUUAUUUGUAUUCUAAUCGCGUCCAUUUCUACUUUCAAUGAAUGAUAAACUAAACUUUCUUAUCAGUUUAUCUGUUCAUAAAAAUGCUUAUUGUUUUUGUUUAAAAUCAAGUGUGAACAAUUUAUACUUUUACUCUUUUAAUGGACUGAAGAGUUAUGAGUUACGAAACUGUAUUCAUACUAGUAUAAUCGAAGAUUCACUUCUUUUUCUUUGGCUGGCCUUGCAAAAUAUCUCCCACUGGGGAAGGAAACAAAAUUUAUUAGAAUCUGAAUAAUGGUAUAGCGGAUGGGACCAGUGUAGAUCAAGUGGGAUUGUACAUCUCAAAACCAAAUCACAAGCAACAUGUGACUGUCGAGCUCACACCCAUAAGUUGCACAGUUUUGGGAUACGGUGAUUCAACACAUUUCUCAAAACCAAAUAAACAUAAACUAAAACACAUAUUUUUCAUUUUUCUCUGUUUAUGAAAAAUGCUUGAAAAUGUUUUAAAUUUUGUUUAGAUCAUUAAAAUAAUAAUUCAAUCUCUAUCAGUUUUCCACUUGUUCAACGGAGUGGAGGUCACGAAAGUGUCCUUCAUAUGGUGGAUGGUUUUGAAAGAUUCUCUCGCUCUUUAGUUUAAAAAAAAAAAAAGAAAUAAAAGAUUCCGUCUCUCUUAUGGUGUCGUAUCAGAACAGAGUAAGAAAACAUAGUUCUUAACAAAAGUGUUGCGCUUCUUCGAAUUCAUCAUUCCAUCUAAGCUCUCCGUUGACCUCUUUCUUUCAUCUAUAGAAAGAAACAGGAAGUUUAUUGUUUGGUCUGGACGAUGAUGAUCAUGGUGUCUGCUGGCGAAUUGGGAGUAUAUGUGGUGGAGAGCAAAGGAGGAGCAAUAGCAUGCAUCACGCUUUCUCUCCUCUGCUUAGGCACUUGGCCUGCUCUGUUGGCUCUUCUUGAACGACGUGGCCGUCUCCCACAACACACUUAUCUCGAUUACUCCAUCACUAACUUCUUCGCUGCUAUCUUCAUAGCCUUUGUCUUUGGUCAAAUAGGCGAGAGUACACCAGAAGAGGCACCAAGUUUCAUAACCCAACUCACUCAGAUUCAAGAGAACUGGCCCUCGGUGUUGUUUGCAUUGGCGGGUGGAGUUGGAUUAAGUAUAGGGAACUUAGCUACUCAGUAUGCUUUAGCUUUUGUUGGUCUGUCUGUUACAGAAGUCACAUCCGCUAGCAUCACAGUUGUUAUAGGCACGAGUGUCAAUUACUUUCUUGACAACAAGUUAAACCGAGCAGAUGUUCUUUUCUCUGGUGUCGCAUGCUUCUUGGUAGCUGUUUGUCUUGGCUCUGCUGUCCACUCUUCAAACUCUUCUGAUGUAGAAGCCAAACUUGGAAAACUCUCAGUGAGCCAAGAAGAGUGUCAGAGACUAUUUGGAGGCGAAGAGGAGGAGAUGGAGAAUGUAAAAGAAGGAACCGCAGCGUUUCUUAUUGCGCUUGAGAACAAAAGAGCAAUCAAAGUGCUUGGAAAGAGCAUGGUUGUUGGUCUAUCAAUAACCUUCUUCGCUGGCCUUUGUUUCUCACUCUUCUCGCCACUAUUCAACCUUGCAACAAACGAUCAAUGGCGCACUCUAGAACCAGGCGUUCCCAAGCUUAUUGUCUACACAGCUUUCUUCUACUUCUCACUCUCCUGCUUCGUAGUCGCCGUCGCUCUCAACGUGACUUUCUUGUACAAACCUGUACUAGAUUCACCAAGAUCUUCUUUUAAGGGUUACCUAAAUGACUGGAACGGAAGAGGUUGGGCUCUGUUGGCUGGAUUGAUUUGUGGGUUUGGUAAUGGUCUUCAGUUUAUGGGUGGUCAAGCUGCUGGAUAUGCAGCUGCAGAUGCUGUUCAGGCACUUCCUUUGGUGUCGACAUUUUGGGGGAUAUAUCUGUUUGGAGAGUAUAGGAGAUCGUCUCCGAGAACAUACGCUUUGCUUGUUGGAAUGCUGGUCAUGUUCGCUGUAGCUGUAGCGCUUCUCAUGGCCUCAGCUGGGAAAAGAGAGACGCGGUGACUUUAAAGAGUUUCAUCGGUUUGACCAAAGAAGAUAGUGUGGAAAACAAUGUAUAUAUGUGAUUGUUUUGUAUUAUAUUCGUUAACUUCUUUGUUCGUAUAAGAUUUUAAGUAACUCCAAAAAGAUUGUAGAAAAUUAGAGUUGUGUGUCUAGGCAGAAUGAAAACUUGGGAAAUUAUUAU